CAUGCGCGGCGGAACACGGGGCCGGAGCGGGCCGCGCGGAGCCUGCGGGGCAGGGGGCGCCGCCGCCGCCAUGUUCCGGUACCAGUCCCUGGAGGACUGCCCACUGGAUGAAGAUGAAGACACCUUCCAGACCCUAGGUGAGGAAGAUGAAGAUAUUGACCAGUUCAAUGAUGACACAUUUGGAGCUGGAGCUGUUGAUGAUGACUGGCAGGAGGCACACGAGCGGCUGGCAGAGCUAGAAGACAAGCCCACAGCGGCGGGGGAGCAGGAUGGACCGGGUGGUGAUGAUGCAGAUCUGCUGGGCGACCACGAGGACACCCUGGCGGAGAGGCUGACUAGGCUGGUCAUUGAGAGUGAGCUGGAGGACCCCGCUAUCAUGCAGGCAGUGCAAACGAGGACCCCUGCCCAGCAGCCAGGAGGGCUGAACUCCAGCAUCUGGGAUGGCUCAGCUGUCCUGCGCCGUAUCCGAGGGCCGCUUCUUGCUCAGGAGAUGCCUUCGGUGUCUGUGCUGGACUAUGCUCUGCCUCAGAGACCUCCACAGGCCCAGGAGGAAGAGCGGGACCCCUCAGAGCGGGCACUGCCCCGACGUUCGUCAUCCCCGGUCAUUGGGAGCCCCCCAGUCCGGGCUGUCCCCAUUGGCACCCCUCCCAAGCAAGCUGCUGUGCCCAACUUCAGCCAGCAGAUUCUUUGUCCGAAGCCUGUUCACAUCAGGGCCACCAUGCAACAGCGUUACCCUGCUCCCUAUGGCGAGAGGAUGUCUCCCAAUCAGCUCUGCAACGUACCGAAUUCCUCCCUCCUGGGCCACCCGUUCCCUCACAGCGUCUCUCCUGUCCUCACCCAUUUGCAGAGAGCACAGCUGCUUGGAGGAGCCCAGGCUGGCCGAAUGUCUCCUAGCCAGUUUGCCCGGGUCUCUGGCCUUGUUGGGAGCCCCCUUCCCUCUGUGAAUCCCAAGCUGCUCCAGGGCAGAGUUGGGCAGAUGAUGUCUCCAGCCAGUGGGUUUCGUGCCUUCUUUGGGGCUCCCCCUGCUCCACCUCCAUCCCAGCCGCAGCACCCACCAGGCCCUGGAUCCCACCUGCAGAGCCUGAGGCCACAGCCUCAGAUGUUCCGGCCGGACACAACCCACCUUCAUCCCCAGCAUCGCCGCCUCUUGCACCAGCGGCAGCAGCAGAACCGGAGCCAGCACCGGAGCCUCAACGGCUCAGUGGGAGACCGAGGGGGCCACCGGAGCAGCCACCAGGAGCAGAUGCGCAAAGAUCCCUAUGCGAACCUCAUGCUACAACGAGAGAAGGACUGGGUGUCCAAGAUCCAGAUGAUGCAGCUGCAGAGCACUGAUCCUUACCUGGAUGACUAUUACUACCAGAAUUACUUCCAGAAGCUGGAGAAGUUGUCAGCAGCUGAGGAAGUCCAGGGUGAUGGUCCCAAAAAGGAACGCACUAAACUCAUCACACCUCAGGUAGCAAAGCUCGAGCACGCCUACAAGCCAGUGCAGUUUGAGGGCUCACUAGGGAAGCUCACAGUCUCCAGUGUGAAUAACCCCCGGAAGAUGAUAGAUGCAGUCGUGACCUCCCGCAGUGAGGAUGAUGAGACAAAGGAGAAGCAGGUUCGAGACAAGAGGCGCCAAACCCUUGUUACAAUAGAGAAGACGUACAGCCUCCUCCUGGACGUGGAAGACUAUGAGAGACGCUACCUCUUGAGCCUGGAAGGCGAGCGGCCAGCCCUCAUGGGCGAGAGAAAACAGAAGAUAUGUGACAUGUAUGACAAUCUGAGGGGGAAAGCACCCGGGCAGGAGAGGCCAAGCGAUGACCAUUUCAUGCAGAUCAUGUGCAUCCGGAAAGGAAAACGCCUUGUAGCCCGGAUCCUACCCUUCUUGUCGCCAGAGCAAGCAGCUGAUGUACUCAUGGCCACAGCCAGGAACCUGCCCUUCCUCAUCAAGAAGGAUGCUCAGGAUGAGGUGCUGCCCUGCCUUUUGAGGCCCUUCUCGCAUGUUCUCUAUCACCUUCCAUUGGGCACAGUCACCAGCCUUGUGCAGCAGCUAACAAACCUACCUCAGAAUGCGACCGUGCCAGCACCCACCAACCUGCACCUUACUGCUGUGCUUCAAAACAAGUUCGGCCUGUCCCUGCUGUACUUGGUCCUGAGCCGCGGAGAAGAACUGCAGAGCUCAGAUGUGAACACAGAGCUAAUGCAGGACAACCAGUGGACAGAGCUGAUGCUCAUGGCAACCCGGGAGCUGCUGCGGAUCCCCCAGGUGGCCUUGGCAAAGCCGGUGUCUACCCCCUCAAACCUGAUCUCCCUCUUCUCUCGCUAUGUUGACCAGCAGAAGCUGAAUUUGCUGGAGACAAAAUUGCACUUAGUACAUGGGAUCCGGUAGGAGGUCUCUGCAGCCCCUAGCCACCGCCGUCGGCACCAGAGUGUUUCAGUGGAUGGAGGGCAGGUGAUGCCCUGUGAAGCAGAGCCUCAUGGGAUGUGUUCCCCGGGGUGCCAUGGUGCAGGAGACACGUUUCUUGCUCUGUGAACCUGGCUGGGUGUGUGUUUGGUCUCUCCCCUGCCCUCCCUGCUCUCUCCUCCCUUGCCACUAGGUUGCCAAGUGCUCUGUCCUUGCUGCUCCCCCCUCCCCCCCCACCCUCCAUGUCCUCAAAACAAUUGCUGCUUCUCCCCAGGUAGACACACGCACACUACUGAGGGAUGCGGACAGCUCCCAGUCCUGUAGGACUGUGUGAUGCCUGCGUUCCCCGUGUCUGGGGGUAGGCAGGGCAUUCCCCUCUUUCUCCCUGGCCCCAGGGAAGGUACAAGACCCUCUCCCAGCCCCUCACAGAGCACUGAGACCUGCUCCCCUCUGAUGCUGCACCCGUCAGCUCCCUGCCCCUUCCAGAGUGCUGAACAGGCUCAUGAACACACCUCUUUUGCACACUUGCCUUGUCUUCCCAAGAGCCCGUUUGUUCAUUUGCCCUUUGCUCGCCUGCACCUAGGUUCAAUCCCAGCAGCUCCAGGGCCAGGCUGGGCUCACCUGGGUCCUUGGCGGCGGCGCCAGGGCGCCCAGCCCUGCUGACCACCUCCGUCUCU